CUUUCUACUAUUCUGCCUGGUGAAUAACAGGUACUUAAAAUAUUUGCGGUUUUGACUUCUAAACAAAAUGACAUUAAGCACAUUUUUUUUUCAGUUAAUUUUAGGAGUAAUUAGGGUAGCCUGGAAGAAAUCACGUAUGGGAGAUGCUCCAGAGCUCCACUGUUUGUGAUGACCAUUCAAUAUGCAACAUAAAAUGAGUCUUGGUGGUGUCUCAAAUCUUUCUCCUCCACAAGGAGAAGUAGAUGGAGUAUAGACGGAUGCAUGGGUGGAUAGAGUAGGACAAAUAGAUGGAAAAAUAGUUGGAUUGUUCUCACACAUACCGUCCAAUAUCUUCCAUACCAUGGACAGUGUUUUAUCCUUACUUGUUUCUAGGAACUAAGAAACAUAGAUGGUAAUACAGAAUCCUAUGGAACUCCAAUGAUUUCAGAGAAAAUUGAGGAUACAGUAUUUUCACCCUCUGCACCCAGAAGAACUUACUGCUUUAUUUUGGAAAAAUUAUGACAUCAACAUCCAAAGGAAUUCUUCGCCCAUUUUUAAUUGUCUGCAUUAUCCUGGGCUGUUUCAUGGCAUGUCUUCUCAUUUACAUCAAACCUACCAACAGCUGGAUCUUCAGUCCAAUGGAAUCAGCCAGCUCUGUGCUGAAAAUGAAAAACUUCUUCUCCACCAAAACUGAUUAUUUUAAUGAAACUACUAUUCUGGUGUGGGUGUGGCCAUUUGGGCAGACCUUUGACCUUACAUCCUGCCAAGCAAUGUUCAACAUCCAAGGAUGCCACCUCACAACGGACCGUUCGCUGUACAACAAAUCCCAUGCAGUUCUGAUCCAUCACCGAGACAUCAGUUGGGAUCUGACAAAUUUACCUCAGCAAGCUAGGCCACCCUUCCAGAAAUGGAUUUGGAUGAAUUUGGAAUCACCAACUCACACUCCCCAAAAGAGUGGCAUUGAGCACUUGUUUAACCUGACUCUGACUUACCGCCGUGACUCAGAUAUCCAAGUGCCUUAUGGCUUCUUGACGGUGAGCACAAAUCCCUUCGUGUUUGAAGUGCCAAGCAAAGAGAAGUUGGUGUGCUGGGUUGUGAGUAACUGGAACCCUGAGCAUGCCAGGGUCAAGUAUUACAAUGAGCUAAGCAAAAGCAUUGAAAUCCAUACCUAUGGGCAAGCAUUUGGAGAAUAUGUCAAUGAUAAAAAUUUGAUUCCUACCAUAUCUACUUGUAAAUUUUAUCUUUCCUUUGAAAAUUCAAUCCACAAGGAUUACAUCACAGAAAAGCUCUACAAUGCUUUUCUGGCUGGCUCUGUACCUGUUGUUCUGGGACCAUCUAGGGAAAACUAUGAGAAUUAUAUUCCAGCAGAUUCAUUCAUUCAUGUGGAAGAUUAUAACUCUCCCAGUGAGCUAGCGAAGUAUCUGAAGGAAGUCGACAGAAACAAUAAGUUAUACCUUAGUUACUUUAACUGGAGGAAGGAUUUCACUGUAAAUCUUCCACGAUUUUGGGAGUCACAUGCAUGCUUGGCUUGCGAUCAUGUGAAAAGGCAUCAAGAAUAUAAGUCUGUUGGUAAUUUAGAGAAAUGGUUUUGGAAUUAAAAUUUUUCAUCACUUGCACACUUGAUAAAUAUUUUGUUGAGAUAUCAUCCAAGUAUUGAGGAUAAGAAGAGAUGCAACAUACUACUUUUGUGUCACGAUUUAUUUUUAUCACCCUCUCUAGGGUAACAUGUAUAUUCUGGUGGAGAUUUUUAAAAGCUCAGCAUGAGCAAUCAUUCCAUUCAGUUUUAAAUUAUCCUGUAUAUACCUAAUUAUGUGCACUGGAGAGUAAUUUAUUCUUCAUUAUCAUUUGUAAACAUUGUUUUUUCACAUUUUUGUAGUUGUCCAUAAUGUAAGCUUGUGGUUUGAUUAUUGUUUCUACACUGAUCAGCUGUUUAAUCUAUUUGGGAAAUGAAGAUGCACAUCUUAAAGUAUGAAAAAUUUUCACUAAGUAUUACAAUGUCUAGUUCCAACUUUGCAUACUAUAACAAAGGAAGAACAUGUUGCGAUUGAAUUCUAACCUCUUUGACUCCGAAGUUGAACGAAGUGUAUAACUGUCUCUAUUUGAUCUAUUUUUUUUACCUGUUUAUCACAUUCGUGAAGGUGAAAUUAUUCAUGGAGUGAAUAAGAAAGGUAUGAAGCAGAACUGUUCUAUUCAGGAAGCUAUUAGACUUCUCAUUUAUUUUCAUUAAGCUGAUUUGCAGCUACUUAUUCUCAUGGUCUUAAAUUAAAUUAUUCAAGUAUUUUUAAAUAUCCAAUUUGUUGUGAUUUUCAGCACCUGGGAAGUAAUCCCAAUAAAACUUUAGAAAAUCUAAGACAGUUCUCUUUCUGCUAUUGAUAACACUCAUUGUCAUAAUAAAACAAAUAAUUUCCUCAAAUUACAAAGAAAAAUGAUACCCAUAAAUAUAUUUAUAAAUGGUGUCAUUUAUGAACGUUUAAUUACUUAUCAAUUUAAUAUUUUUUUCUGAAGCCCUAAUAUUUAAAACAGUCUUAUUUUACCAUACGGAUAUAAGAUUUGGCUCAUAAUGAUGAGCCCUAUCAUUUAAUUUGAGUUCUAUCAUUUAAGAGAGCCUAAAUAAAAUUAUCAUCAAGGUAUUAAAGAUGUUAAAUACAAUAAAGUGGGAAUAUAUAGAAAACACACAGUGUUAGCACAGAGUAAGAUCUCAAUGCACAUUUGUUGGAUGAAUAAAUAAAUGCAAUUGAAUUCACAGAAAAAUGAUUGUUUCAAGGAAGUGAUAGUUGUACUUUAGAAGUACUAAUUGGAGAUGACUUUUAUAUCCCAUUUUGGUAAUUAUUCAUACAUAGCACAUAAGACCAUGAUGUUCAGGCCUUUAUAGAACCAAAAUAAACCUACCAUUACAUGAAAAUUUUGAAGAGUAUAUUCCUGAACUUGCAGCUGCCUAUAGCAUUCUCCUCCAUAAGGCUAGAGAAGAGGAGAGCUGGAUAUAAGCAGAGACCAUAGGUGAAAAAAGAUGGGCCAUUAAGGAUUCUUCAAGGAAGGCAUUCCUCAAAAUAAUCUUUAGUGCCUUUAUUCCAUUCAGGCCAAUAAUCCAUCCAAAAAUUAGAAUGUUCUGAGGACAUCCAUUUGGGUCUAUUUAUGACUUAUUCCUAUUACAAACUGACAUCAGCAAAAUUCAAAAAGAAUUCAGUAAAAAUGGCAUAGAUCCAGCUAUCCAGACUAUCUUGUGAGAGAAUAAGCUCACCCCAGCACCAGAAAGAUUUGAGCAGAGGAGUAUUCCUGUAAUGAAUAGAGGAUUGUUUGAUUCUCAGGUGUUUUUCUUAAGUCAAGAUUGAAUGCAGUGUCAGACACUGCCUUAACACCCACAGAGAUAAGAUGAACAAGGUACUAUCACUGCCUAAAAUGAGCUUACAAUUAAGUGGACAGACAUAUAAAAGCUUCCUUUCAAUUCAGCCUGAGACUGUUUAUAUGCAUGUGCUACUCUGAAUGAAGUUUGUAUGGGUCAAUGCUGAUUUAAUGGGGAAAAAAAGUAGCAAAUUUCCCCAAUUGCUUAGCUGUUUGACAUAUUUCUGAGCUGCAAACUUUGUCAACUCUUUUGACCCAACAUAUUAUUCUCUCUGUAUUAUCUCUUCUAACCACAAUGCAUUAAGAAAUAAUAUUUUUAUGUGGAUGUCCUCCUCAAUAAGUAAAGAUCUCCAUCCAUAUUUAAUUAAUUGGUAAGACAGUCAAAUUCAUACAUUUACAUUUACUUUGUCAAAUUUUUUGGCCUAUAAAAAGCAUAGAGAUCUAAAAAGGAUACACUGCUAACAAGUUUAGAAAGCACCUGCUUUUUUUUAUUAUUAUUAUUUUUGUGAUGGAGUCUCACUCUGUUGCCCAGGCCGGGGUGCAGUGGCGCAGUCUAGUCUCACUACAACCUCGGCCUCCCAGGUUCAAGCGAUUCUCCUGUAUCAGCCUCCCAAGUAGCUAGGAUUACAGGCGUGUAACACCAUGCCUGGAUAGUUUUUGUGUUUUUAGUAGAGAUGGGUUUCACCGUGUUGGCCAGGCUGGUCUUGAACUCCUGACCUCAAGUGAUCCACCUGCCUCAGCCUCCCAAAGUGCUGGGAUUACAGGUAUGAGCCACUGUGUCUGGCCCACCUGCUUUUUUUGAAGGCAGAAAAACAUUCAAUAUUAAAAGCAUUCAAUAUUAUUUCAACCUGCCUUAGCUCUAGUGAAUGCUCAUGAUUUGAAAGAACUGAAAGACCUAAAGGCAGUGUCUCUAUUGUUGACUACAAAUGUAGGCUCUUUGUUGGACUAUGACUAUAAUCACACACUGAUAAUACGACGCAAGUAGAGGCAGUACUCCUGAGUGUCUAGCAGGUGCUUUGAAACCCCAUUACUAAGUCCCAGAAGACUGUUUCCUAAAUUUGAAGUGGAAGAAUUUAAUGACUCAAUGGAAACUUUUAGCUCUGGGUCCAUUGAUGUGUGAGUUUUAGGGCUAGAAGGAAUUAUAAUUUUGUUGUUUAUAAUUGCUAUAAUAUAGAAAUUAUAAUUGCUUUUCUUUCUAUUUAUGAGUGAACUAGAUCCAGAGAUAUUUAUUCAAGACACACAUUCACACACACAUACACACACGCACACACACACCACAGCCAGUGACGAUAGUUAAGAAUUGGAUUUAAGGAUCCUAUCUCUCUUAAUCCCACUUUUUUUUCAAUCGCAUUCCUACCUUAUCAUAGAAUUAUGUCUCAAUUUUUACAAAUGUGAAUGUCUUAUUGGUAUUUUUAGGGCCUAUAGAAUGGUAUACCUCAAGUAGAAGAACUUCGUCUUUUGAAGGUAUACAAUAAAUAAAACAUCAAACUUGCUGCAUUCAUUCUGGUUUAAAUAUUUUAGGAGUUGAGUUCAGCAGAAAGAAAUGGACUAUCACUACAUUUAAGUGAAAUACAACCCUCAAGAAAGAGUAUGGUUCACAGCCACUCCUUUAAUAAAUCCUGUAGAUUGCAAUUCUUUGUAAGAAACUCAUGAAAAAGAUAUACUGAUUCAACAAAAUUGGUUUGCUGUUGAUUAUACAAACCAAUAAUUAUGCCUGGAAUUAAAUUGUGGACACAAAAAAGGGAACAGACCAUUUAAAAUGUUUUAUUUCAAAAUAUCAAAAAGCUACUACCUUCAAUACUCUAAAUAUUUAAAUAUUAAUUAUUGUAGACAUCAAUAAGAAUAAAUAAAUGUUAAUCAUUAUAGACCUUACUAAUAAGAAUAUAUACUGAAUUGUCCACAUCCAGAGUAUUACACCCUGAACAAGAAAGACAUGAGAGCCUGACAGUCAUAUAUAUUAUGACAGCCAUAUAUCUGACAAUAUGAAGUAGAAACUGAAAAAAAAAUCAUCUUAGUGGGAAACAAAUACAUGCUUAAAAUUUUUAUAUUUACUGUAAAACUCCUGAUAAUCUUAUAUUGUGCAGAAAUGUUUUUUAUUCUGAGGGGCUUAGAAAGCUCAGAGCAUUUGAUGUGUAAAGCAACAGAAUAUUUAGGAAUUAUUUGCGGAGGCUUUAAAUUCUUGCCUCCAAUUGGAGGUUAAAUAUUAAAAGAAUAGGAAACUAUGCCUCUGAUGUUUUUUUGUCAGCCUAUUUUUAAACUAGAUUCCAUGAGUCUUAAGGUAAUCACCUAGAAUUUUUUUUUUGCGUGAAUUAAAGUUACCACAAAUUUCAGGUCCUUAUCUUAUGACUGUGUUUGAUCAUAUCGUUGAGUUCCCUUGAACUCUGAUCUCAUUUUGGGAAACUUCUUAACCAUUACAAUCGAGCUGUUAAAUAUAACAAACAUCAGAAUCUAAAGGAUAAGCACAGUGCCUAAUGUACAGGAGGGUCAUAUCAAAUACUUGUUGAAUAAAUAAAUGAAUGUGAUAAGGGGUCCUGUAAAAUAUUUUUUAAGAGUAGUGACAGUGUUUUUUGGUACCAAUUGGAGAUGAUAUUUUAUAUUUAUUUUAUUAGUCAGUUUGUCGCCUGGAUGCAAAAGGAAGGCAUUUUAACUCCUUUCUAUCUUACCACAUUGUAAAGCAUCAAAAGAAGUAACAUCGCAAGGAAGAUUAGAAAGGAUUUGGAUCACGUUAACAUUCUAUGCAAAUAUUAGUAACAUAUCAACUGUUUCUAAUAGGAAAGAAAAUUAGUAUUUAAGGAGAGUAUAAAGUGCAAGCACUGUGAAGGGCAGAUAUCUAUUACCAAACCACAUGGAGAGAAAUAUAGUCUCUCUCCUAACUUCAUUCCAUUGUAUUGCAAUCAGUCAAUUAAGAUGAUUUUUUUUUCUGGAUGUCUCAACUAGAGAUUUUGUAGCAUUUUGCAAAUGGGUAUGCUUCACUACUAUCCAAAGUGUUCUUCCCUUUAGUAAUUCAUAUUGAAUGUAUCCAUAUUCAUAUGCAUUUUAUAAAACAGUUAACAGAAUCUAAAUAAGAUAUAGCCUGCUAAAUCUGGAAUACGAGUGCUACCCUAGGUUAUUAGUUCAACAAACUAAUUUUGAGAAAGCCACUUAACCUCUCUGGACCUUGUUUGUAAGCUUUCUUCUAGCACUAUUACUCUUAUUUAAGAUCGAAAUUGAUAUAUUCAUGAAAUUCCUAAAGGAAUUUCAAUGUCCAUCUCAAAGUAAUUUUUUAGAAUAUUCCAUACAGAUUGCCUUCUCAUUUCUCUGUGUAGAUAUUUAAAGUAGGAAAUUGAUUAUUUAAACUAACAUAUGGAAAGAACCUAAUCCAGAGCUUGGAAUAUAGAAAGUGCUCAGUUAACUGACAUUCCUCCUGUAUUUCCUCCCUCCCCUUAAUUGUCUAUGACUUUUGAACUCACUACUCACUGACACCUUAAUCGCCUGCAGAAAAAUCAAUAAUAUUUUGGGCAUUAUUUUGAAAUAUUUUAGAGUUUUCUGUACUAUUCAAACUCUUAUUACAAAAAUCUAAAGAUAUUUAUUGAUGCAAAAAAUUUAGGGAGUCACUGGAAAUACCUAAGGCAAUCCCAAGCUAACAAUAAAAUAGCAUAAUUUUAAGUAAGCUGGAUUGAGUUCAUUUAGAACAUUUAGUUAUUUUUUAACUCAUAGUUAACAUAUGUCCAUGCAUUUGAUUUACUUUAAAAAUAUUUUAUUUAAAAAUAACCUCUCCAACACCAGUUGCCUUCUGUCAGUUUUACUCAAAGCACGCUUCCUAGGUCACCUGACCUAGAAUCACCAGAAGUGUUAACAAUACCGAUUUCUGGGCUUUGAGCCAUGAAAUUAGAAUUUCUUCAAAUAAUCCAUGCCCCGCCGCCACCCAAAAAAAGAGCAUGCUUUUAAUACAUUUCCAAAAUUAUUCUGUUUCUGCUAUAAUUGGUGAACCAUCCUGUCCUAAACUAGCAGUUCUCAAACAUGCAUAUGCCUUUGAAACUUCCUAGAUCAUCUGCAUAAAAAUCAUUUGAAAUAUUGUUAAUAAUACACAGCUUCUGAGUCUCUGGGUGUGAGAUGGGACCAGGAAUCUUAUUUUAAAAAUCUCCCCAGAUGGUUCUGGUGUCCUGCUAGCUUUGAGGUUUGCAUCCCACCUGUUUAGAUGGGAAGUAUUCUAUUAAAUAUGAGGUAUUACCUUUCUUUAGUUCACCUGGAAUCUUCUUAAAUACGUUGGUAAAGUGUUCUACUUCAAAAUCCAAGACAUUUUGUAUGCCCAAUUAUUUCACACAAGAGCAUGGAACUCUCCAGUCUUGUGAUUUGGGGAAGGUUAUUUAUAGUCUCCAGACACUUUUUCCAGUUGCGAGUUGCUUAGGCAGUUCACGAACCUGAAUGCACAUUAGAACCAUCUGGAGAGGCUUUAAAAUUGCAGAUGUCCAAACCCCACCUCCAGAGAGCUGAUCUAUUUAGUUUGAGGAAGAGCCCAGAAGUCUAACGGGUGUAAAGGCUCCACAGGUAAUACUAAUGUGGGCAUACCUCAGGAAAUCACCAGUUCCUGUCUUGGAGGAACUAUUAGGAAAAUAAAAGAUUAUAUAUCUUGAAAAAAAAAUCUCUAAUUUGCUUUCUAGGUUCUAACUGCAUGUUUAUAUUUUGCAACAGGAAAGACUGGUCUAGACAAUUACUAGGAUACAUGCUUCUGUGAUCUGUUUUUCUAUUGUAUGUGUUUAAGAGACCACAUUCUUGGGUUCCAAAGUCUCCUUGCCUGAUAGAAAGGUAAUUUGCAAUUGAGAUAUGGCAAAGAAUUGUAGCAUCCAAAUUUUCGACAACUACAGAUUUAGAAUUGAAUCCAAGGUCUGCCAUUCACUAGCUAUGUGCAAGUUACUCAACUUGUCUUAUCCUCAGAUUUUGCAGCUGUAAGGCAGAGGUAGCAUAUUUCUGAGAAAUUAUAUUCAGGUGACUAGAUAUGUGUUCAAGUGUUAUCUUUUAUUCUUAUAAAAGAUCAUUGUGAGGAAUCCAGGGCUAUUUUCACAAUUUUAAUUCUAAAACUCUGAAGAUGUUAAACAGGCAGCUUGUAGGAAUCUGAAAUUUUAUACAAGCCGAAGGAACAACAUUCAGCAAAACGGGAACAAAUAAAUACAGCAUGGAAGCAUAUAUUCAUGUUUCCCAUAAUUACUAAGUUAUGGAAGGGGUGUGAGGAGCUGGCAGUGGUGGUGAAUAGGCAUUGUUUGCAUUACUAAAUAUAUAUACCAUUUCUUAAAAUAAUUGGAACUCAAGCAGGCCUAAUUUUCUCUCCCUGUUAUGAGCAAUCAGUAAAUUAGUAGUCAAUUUAACUUAUUAUCAGUUGGUACAGCUCAUGUCAUAGAAUAGGAUAGCAAGAAGAUUCUCAGAGAUCAUUUUCUGGUAAAGAAAAAGGCCUAGGAAUAUUUAACAGUUUGACUUAAUCCAUCACUUCAGCUGGUCCACUAGUUUUGACACAGGACUAGUCAAUGAUUUGUUAGGAAGUCUCCAUCUACUUUUAAACUAAUUUUUAAAAAAGCUAAAAGUUACUUUGAAAAUGUUAGGGUAUAACUUCAAUAAACAGGAAUAUUUGUCUAGUGGUUCAGAAAUAAAAUAAUUGUUAGCCAGACUGUGAUUAAGGCUACCAUAAUUGCAUAAUAAAUAGCUUUGACGUGAAUAAUCUCAAUUGUUCAAGUGUACAAUUUUAAAGCUGUACUGUGUUAGAACAAAAAAGUAGGCUCAAGGAAAAUUUCUACUUUUCUAUAUGAAAAAGAGAAUGAUAUUCAAAAUAGUAUUUUUAAGUAGUUUCUAAUUGUGUUCCUUUAAAGAGCAUUAGAAAUGUCUGUUAUGUCAGUAACAUUAGAAAACUUCAAAAACUGAUUUAUUUUUCUGAGUUCUCUGGAAACCAAACAAUUUUGAAUUAGUUGUGUCAGUAAAGUAAGUUAUAGCUUGCUGGAAUUUUAUUGUGGAAAACAAAUAUAGGUUUUAUCUGGAAAAUUUUAAGUACCAUUUCUACAGAAAGUUAUGCUAACAUGCUAACUUUCUACACAUGGCU